AUGACGACUUCCGCCGCAAUCGGCAUCUCGACUUCCAUUCCGUUGUCGAGCGGAACAACUCUUGAUCUGUCUUCUGCCGCCACUUCGGACAUCAGCUCUGCUUCUAGCGAUGCUUCAAUCACUACCACGUCAGAGGCCACUGCAGCAUCAGCAACUGCUGAGAGCAGCGCAUCUUCGAGCCUUUCAAGUGCUUCGUCGACCGACGAUACUACCAUCGUUCCCAUUGGAUUUGCUUCCAGCACCGAGGCAUCGUCUCCCCCCUUGACAUCGGUAGUUUCGACUACACCUGCAUCUCCCGCUCCUACUCAGGCAUCUACCUCUGUUGCCUAUGAGCCAUCGACCAGCACUGCUCCUACCAGCAUUGUACCCAUCGGCACCAACACUUACACUUCCAUGCCCAUCGACACUAGCAUCUUGUACCAGCCUUCCGAGACAGCAACCAGUUCGGCUACUGCCAAGGCAUCUGGUAUCCCCUCGUCGAUGCCUCGUGUCAUUCAACCUCCAGGUGGCAUGCCUUCGGCUCCCGACAACACCACUCUGGUCCAGGUCGGUUUCAGCUAUGGCUUGAACUAUCCAUUCGUGGUUUCCACUGGUGGCUCCGCCAACCAAAUCUUCGAAUUCCUUCCUGCUGGUUUGGCUUAUGGUCUCAACAUUGAUGCGGCCAAGGUCAAGAUGUACGCACUGCAGCCUUACGACACCACUGAGUCGUUGCAUUACAUCACCACUUUGGCUCUUGUCUAUGUCCCCUCCGAGGCAAUCAACCAGUUGCAACUCGAUCUACACACUUCGGUCGCUACCUUGUACAACAACCCUGAUGCAUCCACCAAGACUCUCAUGGGUAUGAUCAACCCCGCCAUUCCCAUGAUUCCUGGUGCAAAUGGCAUGAGUAAUAGCCAAGGAAAUGCAAAGAACCCCUCUGGCUCAGGCACUACCUCUGACAGCAAUGGCGCACCUCUUGGUGGCGACUCGAGCAGUUCAUCACCUGUCAACGGUACUUCCGUUGGUAUUGGUGUCGGUGCUGUCGCCGGUGCUGCCGUGUAUGCCGCAGCCAUGGUCUAUGUUGCUCGUCGCUACAAGAAGAAGCGCGCUUCGCACGCUCGCAGCAACAGCGUACCCUACACUGAUGAGAGAGGCGAGAUGAGCCAGCGUAACAGUGCAGCAAACUACUUCAUGUCAGGGGGUCGUGGUCGUGUAACCCCUACCAGCGGAAGAGGUAGUCGCCAAAGCGGAAGCAGUGCCAACGGUCGUAGCGUCAGAGAACAAGGCAUCAGUGCUCCCGUUCUCGCAGGAAACUCUCUUGGCUGGAACUAG